AUGAGUGAUAUGGCCGUCUAUUCUCAUGAUGGUGAUGACCGUGGCGAUGGACGACCUGCCAAGAAACGCCGCUUUUUUGUUGAAGACGAUGACAAUAUUCUUCGUGCCAGAGAGCAGAUAAAUCUACUUAACGAUGUACAAGAUAGUACAUCCCAGCAAAUAACUCAGACACAAUCCGGUCAUAUGCCAGAUGUGAGUGGGGAGAGCUACGAUGUAGCCGUGCAUUCGCAGCAGAAUAGAGAAGAGACUGGCGGGUUCGAUGCCCAAUUAUUUGCCAGUAUCGUGGGCAAAGAUGUACCACAAGCUACCAUAGCACAGGUCCAGCGAUCUGCUGGCGGAGAUAUGGAAAGAGCCAUAAAUAUAUUUUUAGAUGGAUCCUACAAAACAGUGACCAGCAGCCCUCCGGUCGUUUCAAAUCUUAUCCCCCAGCAAACCCGACCUACUAGCCGUCCUGAUAACCAGAAUAUUGCAAUUGAGCGAACGGCAGACCAUUUUCAUGAAACCACUCUAAUUGAAAAAUCAGUGCCCAAAGGUGUGCAAAUGCUUCAGUCAACGCCUGCCCGAAGGUAUGUUGGGGCAUUUGGUGUUGCAGCCUGGGCGACGAGAAGUGGCUUUUAUGUGAUACGACAUGAGGAAAAAGUCAGGAUUGAGAGAACAAAGAUGCGUUCAACAACAAAAGUAGGCCGAAAAGGGAGAGUUGUUGCCAAUCAAAAAGCAGAUGUCAUCACUCGCUUCACCAACAUAAGAGGUGAAGAGAUUGGACGUCUGCCCCAGGAGACAGCGGAAUGGGUAUCGACACUUAUCGAUCAGAGAAUAUGUGAGUUCCAAGGGACUUGUGUAUAUGCCCCCGAUCGUAUGAGAGUCAACGACACGAUUUAUCUACAACUACGCUGCUAUCUGAAAAGCGAUGCUUUUCUCAAAGACACGUUCCGUAAUCUCGAUGAGAACAGGCCAAUCGGGUUCUUUGAACAACAAGAAAGUACUGAAGAGCGAGAUCUACGGAAACGUCAAAUAGCGCUUGUCCGUCUUUUCGACGAGAUUGGGCUCUUACCGACAUCGACCAACGAAACCACCGCAAAACAUAAGAAAGAAGGCUUGCUUCGUGCGGCUGAAAUGGCUGAGCAGUACGAAAAAAAGAAAGAAAAGCCAAGAGAAGCUGCCGAUUUAGAGGAUUCGCCGCCUGAAGAGGAGACAGCUGAGCUAGAGGAAGAUCAUCUAGAUACGCUAUACAAGAAGGCCCAAUCCUUCGACUUCAAUACACCUGAGGCUCAGCCUGCAGAGACAUUUGCACUAAAACUUCGCAAAUACCAGAAACAAGCAUUGUAUUGGAUGCUUGCUAAAGAACGCGAUACCAAACCGAUAAACCAAUCUUCUAUGCACCCUUUAUGGGAGGAAUACAAGUGGCCCUUGAAGGAUGUCGAUGACAAUGUGCUGCCCUGUGUUGAACGACAAGACUCAUUUUACGUGAAUCCUUACUCUGGUGAACUGAGUUUGGACUUCCCUGUUCAGGAACAGCAUUGUUUAGGCGGAAUUCUAGCAGAUGAGAUGGGUCUCGGCAAGACAAUCGAAAUGAUGAGCUUAAUUCAUACGAACAGACUGACACCUAGUAUGACAGCGUCAGCAGACGUACUACCGGCAUCUUCCAGCGGCUAUGUGUCAGCCCCAUAUACCACCCUCGUGGUGGCACCAACAUCGCUGCUUUCGCAAUGGGAAAGCGAGGCACAAAAGGCAUCGUCGCACGGAACAAUGAAGACUUUUAUUUACUAUGGAUCGGAUCGAUCAACGAACCUGAAGAGUAUUUGCUCUAAGGCUAAUAGGCAUAAUGCUCCAAAUAUGAUUGUGACCAGCUACGGCGUCGUUUUGUCAGAAUUUCGCAGCUUUGUUACUCAAUCACAACAUAAUCCGUCGGGACAUAGCGGGCUCUUCUCACUUAUAUUCUUCAGAGUUAUUCUUGACGAAGCUCAUUUGAUCAAAAAUCGACUUUCCAAGUCAGCUCGAGCUUGUUACGAGCUCAAAGCCAUUCAUCGAUGGGUCCUGACUGGAACGCCGAUCGUGAAUCGAUUGGAGGAUCUAUUCAGCUUGGUACGCUUCCUGAAAGUUGAACCAUGGAGCAAUUUUUCUUUUUGGAAGACCUUCAUUACCGUUCCCUUUGAGUCAAAAGACUACGUGCGCGCGUUGAAUGUGGUUCAGACUGUCUUGGAGCCACUCGUAUUGAGACGGACUAAAACAAUGCAAACUCCCGAAGGCGAAGCAUUGGUCCCUCUCCCUCCAAGGACUGUGACAAUUGAGGAAGUUGAGAUCUCUCAGGAAGAACGAGAGAUCUACGAUCUCAUAUAUUCUCGUGCGAAGAGAACCUUCAAUGACAAUGUCGAAGCUGGGACUCUAUUGAAGUCUUACUCGACUAUUUUUGCUCAGAUCCUGCGCCUUCGCCAAACAUGCUGUCACCCAAUUUUAACUCGCAACAAAGCAAUUGUUGCUGAGGAAGAGGACGCAGCAUUGGCAGCUGACGCAAUGAAUGAUAUGAAGGACGACAUGGACUUGCAGGAGCUGAUUACUCGUUUCACAAAAUCGACCGAAUCAGCGGAUUCAAGCCAACCGCAAGACACGAUGGCGCGCUUUACGACACACGCUCUGCGACAGAUUCAAAACGAUACGAGUGCCGAAUGCCCCAUAUGUUCAGAAGAGCCUCUGAUUGAACCGGCAGUCACAGGCUGCUGGCACAGUGCUUGCAAGAAGUGUCUCGAAGAUUAUAUCCGCCAUCAAACCGACAAAGGAGAAGUGCCACGCUGUUUCUCUUGCCGUGCCCCGGUUACACGACGCGAUAUCUUUGAAGUCAUCCGUCACCAGUCACCAGGUAGCACACCAGACGAGCUUGAUGCUUCGACACAACCAACUUCGUCACAGCCGAUGCCGAAAAUAUCCUUACGGCGUAUUUAUCCUCUAUCACCCUCUGCUCAUACAUCAGCAAAGAUCCACUCGCUUCUCACUCAUCUAUUGAAACUUCCUCCUAACACGAAAUCUGUCGUCUUUUCUCAAUUUACCUCGUUCUUGGAUUUGAUUGGCCCACAACUUACCAAGGCUGGCAUAUCUUAUGUGCGCCUGGAUGGAUCGAUGCCACAAAAAGCUCGAGCAGAAGUGCUACGGCAGUUCAAUCGCUCCGAGAUAUUCGAGGAAGAGUUUGAAUUAGACGAAGAAAUCUUGACUUCUGACAGCCACGAUAACAAAGCAGUUCAGAGUAAUGAUAACAAAAAGGCCACUUCUACUCAUAGCAAAGCUCCACAGUCAACUCCAAGUGUCCUCCUGAUCAGUCUUCGAGCUGGCGGUGUUGGUCUGAAUCUGACGGCUGCUAACAACGUCUUCAUGAUGGAUCCAUGGUGGAGUUUUGCCGUUGAAGCACAAGCCAUCGAUCGUGUCCAUCGUAUGGGCCAGCUCCGUGAAGUUGCUGUGACGCGGUUCAUCGUCAAAGACUCAAUUGAGGCUCGUAUGCUUCGUGUUCAAGAAAGGAAAAUGAACAUUGCUGGAUCGCUUGGUUUGCGCGUUGGUGGCGACGGCACCGAGGAUGAUCGCAAGAAGAGUCGCAUUGAGGAGUUGAAGCUCUUGUUUGAAUUUGCCCUUCGCCGCAAUGGCUCCUGUCUAGAGUCCGAGACUUCAUGCGGUGGAACCUGGGGCGACUUCGUUGCCUGCUCUCCGGGUUCUUCUCUGGUCAAUCCGGCUUCUGGACCGAUAAAACCUCGAGAUGCUGUUGGUUGCGCAGACGGGUUUGUUAACAAUUCCGACUAUACGUCUUUGACAUCGCUGGCAACCGAUUUUUCUGCAUCUACACCUACAUCCAGCUCCAGUCCUUCUAGUGAUCACAAAGGGGAAAUUGCUGGUGUUGUUGUUGGUGGCACGGUUGGAGUCAUACUUACCGCACUUCGAUUCUUCUUCGGUUACUGGCGGCGGCGACAACAACUAGAAUCGCCUUCUGGUACUAUGCAUGAGCUUCGUACCAAAGGACCAGUGGAAGAGUCUUUAGAAAAACUGCUACUAUCAGAACCCCAGGAUCAAAGCAGACAUGCCGAGAUUGGCAGUUCUGAAACUCUCAAGUUACCCUAG